AUGAAAAACAUACCAGUAUUUCUGGAGUACCUAAAAACAUUUCUCAUCAGUGACGUUACUCAAAUUCUUGAAGACGAUUAUUCACAAGACGAAGAUGCAGCAGAUAUUAAUGUUCAAACGAAUGAUUUUGACGGUGUAAUAUCAUUUAAUGGAGGUGAUAAUCCUGUUAAUGGUCUCACACCAGACGAAGUUAUGGAACAAGUAUUGAAAGUGGAACAUGAAUUAGAUGAAUUCAAUAAAAAAAGAGAAUUGUAA